UUUCAUUGUUUUUAAGGCUUCACUCGCACUGAAAUGGAGGCCAAUUCGCCACUGAAAUCAUAGCGAGAGCAAGAAAAUGUCAGGCUCCCAAUGCUGUUCAAACCCACCAACAACAAACCCCAGCAGCGGCGCCGGCCAUCUCCAACAACUCGGCGGCCUCAACUCCUAUGUCACCGGCUCACCUGACUCCAAACUCACCGUCAUUUUUAUUACUGAUGUCUACGGAUCUGAAGCCCCACUUCUAAGGAAGUUGGCAGAUAAGGUCGCAGCUGCUGGGUUCUUUGUGGUUGCUUCUGAUUUCUUCAAGGGAGAUUCAUAUGUUCCAGAUGAUGCUAAUAGGCCAAUUCGAGUUUGGCUCCAAGAUCACGGACCUGACAAGUCUUUUGAUGAUGGGAAGGCAGUAGUUGAAGCUCUGAAAAGCAGUGGUAUUUCAGCAGUUGGAGCUGCAGGCUUUUGCUGGGUGGUUGUGGUUGAGCUUUCAAAGGCGGAUUUGAUUCAAGCUGCUGUGUUGCUACAUCCAUCGCUGGUUACUGUCGAUGACAUCAAAGGGGUUAAAGCUCCCAUUUCGAUACUAGGAGCCGAGAUCGACCAAAUAUCUCCACCAGAACUCUUGAAACAGUUUGAAGUAGUCUUAUCCACAAAGCGUGAGGUCGAUUGGUUCGUAAAGAUCUUUCCAAAAGUUUCUCAUGGACAGUGAGGUACAAUGUUGAAGAUGAAGAAGCUGUGAAACGUGCAGAUGAGGCUCAUAGGGACUUGUUGGAUUGGUUUACAAAGUACCUUAAGUAGUUGAAUUGGAAUUUCAAGGCCUCUUGUUGGUGGCUACUGCUUACUAAUGCCACUGAAAAACAGGCAAAGCAUAAAAUGUUUAAAUAUUUUUUUGCGCCUAUCUUACUCUCUCUCCCUCUCUCACAUGGAGGAAAGUACAAGUCAUUGUUUCUUAUCUUAUCCAAAAACCAUCCCUUCAAAUCAAUCCAAACGUCACUGAAUAGAUAUGAAUGCUAGUAGAAAUCACUGUCUGCGCUGAAUUAAUGGAUCCAAGUGAUCACAUUGUUGUGAAUCCAAGUUGGCCACAAAUCCACAAUGGUUCAGUAGAAUGGUCAAUGAAAUCAGGUUUAUUCUGUCAAAAUUUAGAUUACUGUGUGGUCGGUCCCGUUUGUUAUUCAUUCUGAGGAUAUUUUGAGCCU